UUUCCAAUAAAAUCGAAAAAAGAUUUUGGUUCAAAUACUGAUAUUUUUAAUUUCAGUUCUAAUCUGUGCUUAAUGGUUCAAACUAAUUAUUGUUUAAUGUACUAAAAUAUUUUAAAAGUUUAAUUUAAUAAAAAUUAUCAAUAACAAAACAAUAGAAUCAUGGCUGAAAAACUGUAAUAAAGCACCAUUUACAAACAAAUAAAAUAAUAUAAAACACUUAUAAAAACAAAUAAAUAAAAAUAAGAGAAGAAUUAGUAAUAACCAUCCAAGUGAGAUUGGACACAUGCACUUAACCCCUUUCUACCUUAUUAACAAAGAACUAGCUUCAACAUAUAACACUUGUAAUAAAAAUUUAACGUUCAAUCAAAUUGUGAUUGAAAUAUACUAAAUGACAGAAAGUCUUCAUUAUCUUAGCCUCACUGAUAUAUUAACUUCAUAAAAAAAUUAAAACAUAGAAUUAAUUUACACAUUUAACCUUAAUUUAAACUUUAGCCAAACAUAGUAAAAACUUUAAUGUAUGUUUUUGUUAUAGUUUGUAUUAAAUUUAGUAGACUAAUUAAUAACUAUAGUUGUUGAAGCCUAAGAUGCCUGACCAUAAUAUGUGUUUUGGCUAGUCUAUUUGUUUCAGUGACUUCUCAUACUGCAAUAUUAUGUUGGUUGGGCAAACGUCUAUUCCAAUCUAUCAAAAUAUAUAGUGGGAUUGUCACCUAACAAAGUGCAUGAAAAUAUUGGAUAUGGGAUAUUUGUUCAAGGAUUAAAUGGAGAUUUAGCCCAUCUAUUGCUAGAUCAAGAAGAAGUGGGGACUAUGACUGUAGAAAGUUUGGCAAAAAUAAUCAAUGGCCAAGAAGCUAUAAGUGUAUCAGGGCAAAUCCAAAUAAAUAAUUUAAAAAUCGAAAAUGUGGAUUUAUCUAACCAAGAAGGAACAACAGAAAUUUAUAUUGCUGAAGAAAAAAAUAUUGCAAUUGACAUGGCCAAUGAGGCGGUGGCAAACUGUCAAAGUCUUAUGCGACCUAAUCCCAUGGAUGAACUACAAUGUCAAAAAUGUGGCAAACGAUUUUCAGAUGUUAAUGCUUUAAAAUCUCAUGAGGUGUCUCAUGAAGAUGGCCAAAAUGUUGAGUGUAAAUUUUUGUGUAGCGUUUGUGGAGAAAAAUUUGAUAAGGCAAAUGCAUUGAGUGCACAUUUACUCAUUCAUCGCAAUAUCAAGUUACACCAUUGUGAAGUUUGUGGAUUAGUUUUUCCUGAUGAUCAAUCUUUAAAAGAACAUGCUCAAAUACACUCUCGUCAGAAACUACACGCUUGUGAAAAAUGUGAUAAGAAAUUCCCCUCAAGUUACAGAUUGUUUCGUCAUAUGACAAUUCAUACAGAAAAUCCUCCUUUUGUUUGUGAUCAAUGUGGUGUGUCUGUGGCCAAUAAAAGUGAUUUAAAACUUCACAUCAUGAAACAUACUGGGAGUGCUGUGUACACAUGCACUGAAUGUGAUAAGAGUUUUUUAAAGCCAUCCUGUCUACAACGACAUUCGAGCGUACAUACUGGUGAACGACCAUUGCAUUGUAAAACUUGUAACAUGACAUUUACUUAUUCCAGUAAUUUAUGUGGGCACCUGAUAGCUAGUUCAAAAGCAAAGCCACAUCCGUGUACUAUGUGUGAAAAAUCAUUUCGACGACCUUCUGAUUUAGAGCGUCAUAUGAUGAUUCAUACGGGUGAACGUCCGUUUGUCUGUCAGGUUUGCUCCAUGUCAUUUAUUACCAAUUAUAAUUUAAAAGUACAUUCAAUGAUCCAUAACGGGGGUUUACCAUAUCCAUGCACAUCAUGUGAUAAAGCGUUUAGCAAACCUUCAGAAUUGCAGAGACAUAAAUUGGUACACUCAAGAGAAAAGCCAUUUUCAUGUGUAAAAUGUGAAGCUACAUUCACAAAUCAGAGUAACCUUAAAGCUCAUAUGAUAACUCAUACAGGUCGAAAACCAUUUCCCUGUCGUAUUUGCAAUAAAGGGUUUACACGUCCAUCAGAUGUGAAGCGUCAUAUGCUUACACAUACUGGUUGUCGUCCUUUUGCAUGUGAUGUAUGUGGUUUGGCAUUUGCCGAUUCGUCAAAUUUGAAAAAACAUUCGUUGACCCACUCUAAAGAUGAUCAAAAACUCGCUUUACAACAUCAAUGUCCAUCAUGUUGCAUAUCCUUUUUCUCAUAUGAACAACUCAAUGAACAUAUGAUUUCUGGAAAUUGUACUAAUAAUAGCGGACAAGCUGAACCCAAGUACUCGUGCAAAGAAUGUGGUGCUACAUUUAACCAUGCACUUCACUUACAGGAGCAUGCUAUCAUGCAUUCAAAUCACAGAUCAGUGCAUAGAUGUGAUGUGUGCAACAAAACAUUCAUUCAAGAGUCGUUUUUGAUUGCACAUAAAGCUUCUCAUACUGAAUCGCGACCUCACCGUUGCGACAUUUGUUUGAAGAGAUUCAAGAGUACAUCUCAUCUAAAAAACCAUGUGAUGAUACAUUCUGGUGUAAAGCCUUUUGAAUGUACUGUUUGUAACAAGUCAUUUUUGAAACUUGCUUCAUUGAGACGUCACUUUGCCACACAUGAUCGUAUAAAUUUCUCAUCCGCUGUUUGUCACCAAUGUGGAAAAUCAUUCCUCAAUCAAGAGUAUUUGAAAAAACACAGUGUAGUACAUGCUGAUACGUAAAACAGAUAAAUAUGAAUAAAAGUAAUUUUGUUCACUCGCUCUUAUUAUUAUUAUUAUUAUUAUUGGUGAACUCUUUAAUAGCCUUUAACUAUUGAUCAUUUACAUUUUUUUUGCAGUGAAUACAAUAUGAAUUGUAGAUAAAUAUGUUUUUAUGUAAAUAUGAAAUUGUUUUUUAUAAUCAGCAAACCAUGAUAAUUCAUUGUUGCUUUUUAGUUUUUAUUUAAUUCAAAUGUUGUUUUUAAAAUUAAAAACUUAUUAAAAAUUGAACAUUAAUUUAAUUCAGAUAACAUAUAGUAUUAGUAAAUGAGUUAAUAUAAUUAGAAAAUUAGAAUUUCUUUAAUUUUCUUAAAUCAAUAUUUAACCAAUUAUUAUUUUUUUUUACAUAUAUAAAAAAUGUAUAUUGUUGUUAAAAUAUUUCAGCCUCAUAGUUCCCAAUAUAAUGUAUUUUUGUAUGAUAAAAAUAGUUUAAAUAUAUUUACAUAAAGUAUAAUUAGGUUUGAUUUAGUUGUAAAUAUUUUAUUUUAAAUUAAUGAUUAUUAUUAGUAUUAAUAACUUUUAAUAUUAUAUUUUAUAGCUUAUUAGAGUAUAGAAAUAAGUGAUAACUGACUUAAAUUAUGACACUGCACAUAUCUUUUAUUCUUCCCAUAUAGCUUAAUUAAUGUGCAAAAUGAUAAUAAUUUGUACUUGAUGGAAUAAUUAUUGAAUAUUCGUUUAUUGUCUCCCUGCCACUAAGUUGUAUAAAAUGUUUAACCCCCACCAUUUGGCGCCCAUGUGCAGUUUUUAAUCUGAAAUGCCAAUAUUCAUGAUCAAUAUUACUAUAUACCUUGAUAUCUUACGUCUAGGUUAUUGAUCUAUUUAUGGAAGAAAGGUAGAAUAAUUCUUAUAAUAUUUUAAAUUUUAUUUUAUUUUAAUUGUGUUGGUGUGUUGUUGGCUUGUCGCUAUAUUGUAUGUAUUCUAUGUAUAAAUUCAAGUAUUAAAAAUUAAUUAUAAUAGGUUAUUUUCUACAAUAUUUUUAAACUGGCAUUAAUAUUAACAAAAAAAAAAAAAAAAAUGUAGCAAAUGAAAUGUCACAUUUAAGGAUCUAUAAAAUAUUUUCUUAUGUUUAUUUGGAUGUAAUAUUAGUUAUUAACAAUGUUACUACUAAUUAUUUAUUUUUAUUUGAAAGUUGAAUGGUAUAAAUAUUGUUUAUCAAGUUUAGGACUAUUGAAAGUCACAUGUUGACAUGGUGUUCACAUUAAUAUUGCGAGAUGGCAGGGCAAUAAUACAAGUACCAAUAAUUGUUAUAACUGUUUAGUCAUAAUUCUGGAUUUUUAUAUUGAACACAUUUUAAUACUCCGGAUCUUUAAUCAAGGUAAAUUAUAUAUGUAAUUGUGCAACUUGUUUUAGAAAGAUGUAAAUAAUAUGCUAAGCAAUAUAUAAAUUUAUAAAUAUAUAUAUAUAUUUUUUAAAGUAUAUAAUGUAUUAGGUAUACUUUUUAUGUAAAUGUAAUAAUUAACAACUAUUAAAGUUGUUCAUAACUAUACACAUAAUAUGUAUUAUAUAAUAUAUGAACAUGUAUUUUAGUUUUGACCGUAAUAUACAAGCAUAUAUUUUUAGCA